ACCUGAUUUCAUCUCUCUGUGUUAUUUACUCAGUAGAUUCUGCCAUUGAUUCCCAGCAAAGCAGCUUCUCCCUCUGUUUUAAUGAGCAUGUGCUGGCACCGUAUAAUUUCCUACAAUUUGAAAUCCUUCUGAAUUUCAGCUUCGAUGUAUGAUAAUCCUCUGUUUGUAUUGGAACCCUAGCUCAAUUGGAUCCCAGACCAAAUGUCAACGACUCUUGCAGCAAUUAUAGGUGGUGCUGCUGCAGGAGGCGUGGCAUUGGUGGUGAUAUUCGUGUUUACCAUUUGGUAUUGCAUUUUCCGACCUAGGAAUGCUUCAAGAACGUCUGAUACUGCUUCUUCUGAUCCCUCUGUUCAAGUUGGGAGAGCUGUUGGAAUUGAGUUUUCUGUGCGAGAUGCUAGGAGGUUUGCGAUGGACGAAUUGUCAGCUGCUACAAAGAAUUUUAGUGACAAGAGUUUGAUAGGACAAGGGAAAUUUGGGGAAGUCUACAAAGGCUUGCUUCAUGAUGGGAUACUUGUAGCCAUUAAGAAGCGACCCGCGCCUCCUACCCAUGAAUUUAUUGAGGAGGUCCGAUAUCUUUCAUCUAUUCAACAUCGAAAUCUGGUCACUCUUUUAGGUUAUUGCCAGGAAAAUGAUGUACAGAUUCUUGUCUAUGAGUACAUACCCAAUGGAAGUGUGUCUAUUCACUUGUAUGGCGCUGGUCAGGUUUCACAGGAAAAACUUGAAUUCAAGCACAGGCUUCAAAUAGCUCUUGGGGCAGCUAAAGGUUUGGCUCACCUUCACUCUCUAAGUCCUAGGUUGAUACACAAGGAUUUCAAAACAGCAAAUGUUCUUGUGGACGAGAAUUUCAUAGCAAAAGUAGCAGAUGCUGGUUUACGCAAUUUUCUCGGAAGAUUUGAUUCUGCAGGCACAUCUGCUCAAGUGGCAGUUGAGGAUGUUUUUCUUGCCCCAGAGGCCAGUGAAUUCCGGCGAUUUUCUGACAAAAGCGAUGUUUACAGUUUUGGGGUGUUCCUUUUGGAGUUAGUGAGCGGGCAGGAAGCAAAAGAAUUGCUAUCUUCAGACGUCAAUCAGAAUUUGGUUGAAUGGCUGCAGAAUCUUCAGGAAAGUGGCAGCAUAUCUACCAUCAUUGAUCAGAGAUUGGGUAAUAGCUUUACAACAGAAGGAAUGGAAGAGUUCAUGCAGCUGAUUGUGCAGUGUGUGAAUCCUUCAAGUGAGAGGCGUUCUCUUAUGAGCUACGUGGUGACCGAGCUGGAUCGGAUUCUUGAGAAAGAAAUGAGCUUGACGACGAUCAUGGGGGAAGGAACCCCAGUUGUGACCUUGGGAAGCCAGCUUUUUAUGGCUUCAAAAUAAGAAGGUUGCGUUGUGACAUUUUCAGUGUGUUUCGAGAAAAAUAGAAGUGAAGAAUAUAUCCAGCUGUUUGAUAAUUGUAUAAAGAACAGUUGGAUGAUUUUUUAAUUUUUUAUUUCAUAACUCUGCCAAUCAAUUAAUGUUCUUUGUAAACCAAACUUCUAUAUAUUGUUAAUAUCAUAGUGAGAUUGAGUUGGACAUUCUCUGCA